AUGAACACUGAGGCAUACAAUAACGGAGAGUUCUGGCUUAUCAAGGAUUCAUACCCGCACGUAACUCUGAUCGGAGCUGUAGGUCUUGUGGUCGUGGAUGUGUGCUACUUGGAUGUGGCACUAAGGAUGCUGUUAAGGCGCAAUAUGCUGCUCGACUCGGCCUUUCCUAGGCAAACGGCCACUUGGAAACCUUCAAAGGUGCUACACUGCAGCCAACUGCGUGUCCUGCGGAGUGAACUAACGUCGUUCAAGGGAAAAAGUCGCAAGAAAUGGAAUGCCUGUAUGAAGCUGAUAGACUUGGCUUUGGAAGGAACCAUGCUUAGACAACUUCUGCAAAAUGGGAGCCCAACGCCGCUGACGUACGGGUAUGCGUGCUUUCUGGCCGUAAACUCACUACCCUGCGUUGUGAAUGUGUUGACGGUCCGAUUCUCGGCAUUUUCAUCGAUUCCAUGUGAGAUCUGUUUCCAUUUCAUUUCCUUUCACUGCAGCAGUGCACUUACUAUCGUCACCUUGUUUUACAGCUUCGACUUGUCCGCUGCCGUUCUGUUCCCGAUUAUUACGCUCGUCUAUUGCUAUUUCAAUUUUGACUUCAACCGAGAGACGUACCUGGAAAAGCUACCGCCUGGGAGUUUUGAGCAUCUUGCGAGAUCAUUCGCUGAUCCCUCCAAAAUCGCGCUAUUCCGCGUAUGCUUGGAUUCGGUUCGCAUUAACUCAGGGAUCGAUCUUGUGGUGCGGUUGAUCAUGAACCUGACGUUUUGCUACCGCUUCGAACGCGUUCUAGUUGCGCUAAUUUACACCCGCCAUCAAGAGCGAAGUUUCCAGCGGCGGAAGUCGUCAAGAUACUUGCCUAUUAAUCAGAAUUUUGUUCCGAAAGGAGUGGCCGUUGUAUUCCUUGGCGUGAGCCUGGGUGUUUUGUUAGCUACCAAUAAGGCUGUCUCGGACUCAACAGCGUUGUGCUCGGUACACUCGGAGUGUGUAGUGUACGCUCACCGAUGGGGGACCACUGAGGAUAAUUGCCCCUGCCUCAUCCUGAUUGACAUCGAUCUUGCACCCAAGACGUACGAUGAGUGGAUUCAUCCGAUCGACGCAUACCAGAAAGUCAAGGUAUUGGCAGCGUCUGGGAAGCUCACAUCAUUGCAGGCGAUUAAUCGUCAAUUGCUCACGUGGCCUGAGGAGCUCCGCUUAUGUCAAAGUCUUCAGACCAUCUAUCUGAUGUACACGAGCACGCAAAUAAUUCCGCCCUGGGCCAGAGAACUCAAAAAUCUAGAGACAAUCCACAUCGAAGGAAAAUAUGGCAGUCAGAACUUGCAGGACCUGCCGGCCGAUUUGUUGCCUCGGCUAUCGACACUUCACUUUGGGGUACAAUUCAACCUUAGAAAGCUUCCAGCCUUAACAGGCGUCCCCCAUCUUCAAAGUAUGUCGCUCGCGUGGAUUACGCUAAUAAGAGAACUACCGGCAUUUGAGAAUGUACCAGAGCUCAGCCGCUUGUUGUUGUCAAUCAUGCCAAGGCUCGAAACGAUGCCUGAUCUCUCGCCAUUGUCCAAACUCGUGGAGUUCGUGAUUGUUCGGCCGAGCUAUCUAUGUUGCAAUGGUUUCAUUGACCAGUGCGACUUGGACCAUGUCAUUAUGCUUGAAAAUGAUACAAAUCGGAAUGUGAAUUUGGCACCAUACUAUGGAGAUGCUGCCACACAGAGAGCGUUCGAGACAUUCAGUUCCAGUAUUUGCCAGAAAUCGUUUUACGAUACGGCCGGUGUGUCAGUAUUCCCGACGCAGGAGACGAUUGAGGUAUGCGAUGGUAAACCUUAUCGUAAAUGUUACCUCCCGGGUAACACAUCAGGUAUCUGCUACAGCACUCGAAUCCAGGUUCUUGCCUGUCUGCCAGACAAAGACUACAUUGAACUACCACGGACUGAAAUUAAGAGAGGGGUCGGCCAAGAAUGCGAUCCGACCGAGGAGAAAUGGCUGGGUUGUAGCGAGUAA